UAAUUUUACAGCUUCUACAGAGCCUUUUGGCAAAGAAGGCAGCAGCGUUGCGCCGUUUUAAAAUUGUUCACGCUCAUCGAACUGCCUUGCAAUCUUUUGGAUUUGAAUUGCAAACGUUGCUCUAGCCGAUGGGAUCGAGUCGUGCGCUGAGAUUGGCUUUGCUUGCUGCGAAGGCAGGUCGCAGCGCGGGGAACAAUAUCACAUCGCUUACAGCGAACGUAACAAAAGCCCUUGAUGGUGGAGCUCAAAGCUGUACGCGGAGCUUGUGCACUUUGCUGCGAUCGGCGACGGGCCCAUCGCAACCAAGUUGCUCAGGUCGCCUUCGCAUAUGGGAUUUUUGUCCUCUUCGAUUGAUUCAUAGUAGCGCAGCGACGGCCGCUGCCGAUUACUACGAAAUUCUGGGCCUGAGCAAGGGGGCGUCGGACCAGGACAUUAAGAAGGCUUACUAUCAACUUGCCAAAAAAUACCACCCGGAUACCAAUAAGGAUGACCCCGCCGCAGCCAUUCGGUUCCAGGAGCUCCAAAAGGCUUACGAAGUCUUGCGGGAUCCUGAGAAGCGCCGGUUGUACGACCAGCUUGGGCGAGAGGGCAUGGACCGAAUGGAGUCGGGUGGGCAGUCGGGCGGCCCGGAGGCUGGGUUUGAGGGCUUCCAAGGCGGAAUGCAAUUCGGGCAGGGCAUGCCCUUCAUGAUGAACGAGAUCUUUGAGCAGUUCUUCCGGGCGGACCCCCGCCUGCAAGCCAUGUUGAACCGCGUGCAGCUGCCUCCCCUCCGCAUCCCCUUCAUGGAAGCUGUGAAAGGUACUCGCAAGAAAGUUGACAUAGGUUUGCGGCCGGGCGCGACACGGUCUAUAGACCUGGACAUUCCCCCUGGGGUGGACACGGGGGACGUGGUGGAGACGUCGGUUGACAUGCCGGGGCCGGGACGCCGGGCAAGUGCUCGCAUGGUGCUGAACAUCCCCAUCGAGGUGCAGCCGCACCCCACGUUUCGGCGCGAUGGCUGCGACAUCGCCACCACGUUGCAGAUCCCGCUCACGGACGCGCUGCUGGGGACCACGGCCCGCGUGGAGACUUUGGACGGCAACGUGGAGCUCAUUGUGCCGCCCCUGACGCAGCAGGGCGACCGACUGCGCAUUCGUAACAAGGGCAUCUUCAAUCCGCGACGCGGGAUUCGGGGUGACCACUACGUGGACAUCAGUAUCGUCAUGCCUCGGGUGUUGAGUCCACGACAGCGCGAGCUGCUGGUGGAGUUCCAACAUGAAGAGGACCGCAAGAAGCGAGCUAACAGCACUGGGAGAUAAUCAAGAUUUAAGUGACGGUGGAUUUAGACUUAUGGUGGCAGUAAAUGUGGCAAUAUCCACCCUUGAGAUGAUCAUCUGGAUGUAAAAAUGAUGACUGGUCAUCCUAUGUUUGGCGAUUGUAUGUUGCAAGUAUACAUGGAAUG